UUUUUCCUUGCCUGUAUUAUAAAAUACCAUUUAUCUCGCUUCAACUUGCAAUCGGGCAAAUUCAAAAUAUUGUUUGCUCUUUCAUUCAGUCACAUUUAUUUUUCUGUUUUCUCUCCUCUGGCAAAUAUUCGCUCUACUACCACACUCUACCACUACCUACGACUACCGCAUUGAAAGAAAAGAGAAAGUAGUAGAGUUUUGCUUCAAGUUCAUCUCGAGAAAAGAAAAAAAAAAUGUUCUAUAUAUUUUUUUAAUUGAAUUUAUUUCGUAAUUUAUUUUGAGUGUGUUUUUGUGCAGUGCAUCGAAAUUGAUAUCUGAAUAUGUUUACAAUUUGUUUAUGGUUUUAUUAAAGUUGUACAAGUGUCAAAAUAACGGAAAAUCAGCUAAGAAAUAUUUUUUUCCAGUUGGAGUGGAAAAUUUCUUUUUCUACUACUGCAAUGGGAAACAAAACAGGAUAGAUAUAUAAAUCUUCACACACGAAAGAAAGAAGCAGGCUGUUGUGUAAAACUGCGACAGCACUACCGGAGGAAACAAGAAAUCUAAAUUGCAAAAACCGAGUGUUUUCAAUUUGCAAAAAAAAAAAAAAGACAAACCAAAAAAGAAAAAAAAACAAAACUGACCUCACCUUGGUUGAAUAGAAGAGAGUUAUGCAAAAAGUAAUUCAUCGUCUAUCGAACAAUUUCCGUCAUCAAUUUAUCAAUCACAGACGUCAAGUCUUCAAAUCAAUGAACCCAAACAAUACAACAACAACAACAACAAUAUCUACAGCAGCAGCAAAAACCAUGAGUACAUUGACAGCUGCCACACCUCCGUCUCGUGUACGGCCCAAUCCAGCUGUGAAAAAAAUCGACACGCCCGAAUUCAAAUCAAUUUUCACCGAAGAGCUACAUGCGCUAAUCGGACUCUUUGAAAAAUACAAUUAUGAACUAAGAAUAGCUGGAGGCGCAGUUCGUGACAUUCUCAUGCACAUUCAACCUAAAGAUGUCGAUUUGGCCACCACCGCGACUCCAGAUCAAAUGAAAGAGAUGUUCACCAAAGAGGAGGUGCGAAUGAUUAAUGCCAAGGGUGAGAAGCACGGAACGAUCACGCCUCGCAUCAAUAACAAGGAGAACUUCGAAGUGACCACGCUACGAAUCGAUGUUUUAACCGAUGGCCGUCAUGCUGAGGUUCAAUUUACUACAGAUUGGCAAUUGGAUGCUAACCGUCGAGAUUUGACAAUUAACUCGAUGUUCUUGGGUUUCGAUGGAACCGUGUAUGACUAUUUUUAUGGUUAUGAAGAUUUGCAAGAGAGGAAGGUGGUAUUUGUGGGUCAGGCUGAUAUAAGGAUCAGAGAAGACUAUUUAAGAAUUUUGAGAUAUUUUAGAUUCUAUGGGAGAAUUGCCAAAGAUCCAUCGAAUCAUGAUGCAGGAACAUUAAAGGCAAUUCAGGAUAAUGUGGAGGGAAUGGCUAGAAUCAGUGGGGAACGUAUUUGGGGGGAAUUUGCAAAGAUUUUGCAAGGUAACUUUGCGAUGGAACUUACUUUGGAGAUGUUUAAAUGUGGUUUAGCUAAGUACAUUGGUUUGCCGGAAGAUCCAAAUGAAGAUGAAUUCCGUCGAGUUUUCGAAAGAGUCGCUCUUUUUCCAGGACCUCAUCAUUCCAUUACGUAUGUUGCUGCUUUGUUGCACACUGCCGAAGAUGCAAUGCGCUUACAUGAACGCUUAAAACUGUCAGCAUUUGAAAGAGAUGUGACUUUAUUCAUCACUCAACAUCGGGAUUUGGUAAACAAGGAGUUUAAGACUUUGAAAGACUACCAAAUGCUUUGUAUGCAACCUGCUGCCAGGCGUGACUUUGUCGAAGAGCUUUUAAAAUAUUCAGGGUCUUUAGAGCUAUAUAAACAGUUGAAAGAAUGGGAAAUACCAUCAUUUCCGGUGACCGGAAAUAUGCUGAAAAGUAAGAACUGUCCAGCUGGGAAAAAAAUGGGUCAUGUUAUGUCAAAGUUAAAGAUGAUUUGGGCACAAGAGGAUUUCCAGACGAGCCAAGAAGAUCUGUUGGAAAUACAUUUGCCGAAAAUUCUUGCCGAAUUACCACCUCCAUCGCCACCGGCACAUAAAAAUAAGAAACAAAAAAUGAAGUAGAUUUUUUUUUUUAUUUAUUAUUUUUUUAAUGUUCCUUAAAAGAGUUAUAUAGAUAUUGCUUAUCUAUUUUUUUUGUAAUUUGUUUGCAUCAUGAAUACUUAAUUAAAUAUAAAUAAAUGAAUAAAUUCUCGAAUGGAAUAAUAAAUAAUAUUUGAGUUAUUUUGUUUGGAAACGGAAGCGGAGAGUGUUAUUUUUUUUUUUUUGUUAAAGAAUCUAGAGCUGAUGGAAUGGAGUGAUAAAAAA